UAAGAGAGAGAGUGUAGGCAGCCUAAGCACUAAUGACAAGUUUUGUUUCCCUUUUUUGUCUUUUUCAAAUGUGCAGGUUAAGAUUAUGAGAGCAGAAGAUGGCUUCUGGGGUGCAAUCAUUUAAAUACUGAAGGAUGUGGCAUUACCGGCCAGGACUUUGCUGGGUUGCUCUGCGUAGCUCUCUGAAUGAAAGCAGGAUGACACAGGAAACUUUAACACAAUUCCCGUUAAAGCAACUGGCUGGGUCAUUGCCUUCAUAAAUUUUGAUCGACGUGGAUUUGUUAGUUAUUCUUUUCACCUCUCUCUCUCUCUCUCUCUCUCUCUCUCUCUCUCUCUCUCUCUCUCUAUAACCCCCCCCAUGUUCUCUCCCAAUGUGUCUUUGCCUACAAUAGCAUAGUGGCGAGAUCCACACAUUGCAGAAUUCCGUCGAUUGGUGUGAGAGCCAAGGGAAAAAACAGGAUCAAAGUUCGCUGACAUGCUAUGGCAAUCAGGUGCGCUGUGAAAAGUUGGGGGGAAAAAAAGUCUAGCCGUGUUCUGCGGACGGAGGAAUGAAGCACCCGGGAACUUUUUUCAGGAAAAAAAGAGGCGGACAAGCUGCAGGUCCAAGAGGAUAAACUGAGCAUGGAGGUCAGGUACAACCAAGAGACGGAAGGGAUGGGGCUGAAGAACGGACUAAAGAAGGGGAAAGAUGAGAAGGACUCCCAGGGCAGCUUGUCCAAAAGCUUCCUCAAGGAGCAGCAGGACUCCUUUUCCCCCUCUGGGACUGUGGACAACUGCGAGAAGAACAGGGGGAGCACGGGAGACCCGGACUACUGUCGGAGAAUACUAGUCCGAGACGCUAAAGGCUCUAUCCGGGAGAUUAUCCUGCCUAAGGGUUUGGAUUUGGACCGGCCUAAGCGAACCCGCACCUCCUUCACUGCGGAGCAACUCUACCGGUUAGAGAUGGAGUUUCAGAGGUGCCAGUAUGUGGUUGGGAGAGAACGGACUGAACUGGCCCGUCAGCUCAAUCUGUCUGAAACUCAGGUGAAGGUCUGGUUCCAGAACCGACGCACUAAGCAGAAGAAGGACCAGGGGAAGGACUCUGAGCUGCGUUCGGUGGUUUCAGAAACAGCGGCGACCUGCAGUGUUCUCAGACUGCUGGAGCAGGGUCGGCUGCUGACCCCUCCAGGCCUGCCGGGCCUCCUGCCCCACUGCGGCAGCGGCACGCUGGGCUCUGCCCUGCGCGCUCCCUCUAUGGCCAUGGCCAGCAACGGCAGCAGUAGCAGCAGCAGCAGUGGUGGCGGCACCAGCACGGCAGGCGGCAGCCCUCCUCUACCCGCCGUCACCAGCUCAGGAACAGUGGCGGGCCUGCAGAGCUCACCGGCAGCUCAUGGCCUGUUCAGCUUUCCCAUGCCCUCCUUACUCAGCGGCGUCGCCACCCGCAUUUCCUCUAACCCCUUGUCCAUGGCCGGCUCACUGGCUGGCAACCUGCAGGAACUUUCUGCCCGCUACCUGAGCUCCUCUGCUUUUGAGCCUUACUCGCGGACCAAUGGCAAAGAAUCCAUGGACAAGAAAAUUCUGGAAUGA